CCUGCCCACUCAUUCCAUUGUCCAAACCAUCUAGGUUCUAAAUGGUCUUCAAAUGUAUAGUGUCUUCAACCUGCCCACUUAUUCCAUUGUCCAAACCAUCUCGGUUCUAAAUGGUCUUCAACUUUAUAGUGUCUUCAACCUGCCCACUCAUUCCAUUGUCCAAACCAUCUCGGCUCUAAAUGGUCUUCAACUUUAUAGUGUCUUCAACCUGCCCACUUAUUCCAUUGUCCAAACCAUCUCGGUUCUAAAUGGUCUUCAACUUUAUAGUGUCUUCAACCUGCCCACUCAUUCCAUUGUCCAAACCAUCUCGGCUCUAAAUGGUCUUCAACUUUAUAAUGUCUUCAACCUGUCCACUCAUUCCAUUGUCCAAACCAUCUCGGCUCUAAAUGGUCUUCAACUUUAUAGUGUCUUCAACCUGCCCACUCAUUCCAUUGUCCAAACCAUCUCGCCUCUAAAUGGUCUUCAACUUUAUAGUGUCUUCAACCUGCCCACUCAUUCCAUUGUCCAAACCAUCUCAGCUCUAAAUGGUCUUCAAAUUUAUAAUGUCUUCAACCUGCCCACUCAUUCCAUUGUCCAAACCAUCUCGGCUCUAAAUGGUCUUCAACUUUAUAAUGUCUUCAACCUGCCCACUCAUUCCAUUGUCCAAACCAUCUCGGCUCUAAAUGGUCUUCAACUUUAUAAUGUCUUCAACCUGCCCACUCAUUCCAUUGUCCAAACCAUCUCGGCUCUAAAUGGUCUUCAAAGGUAUAGUGUCUUCAACCUGCCCACUCAUUCCAUUGUCCAAACCAUCUCGGUUCUAAAUGGUCUUCAACUUUAUAGUGUCUUCAACCUGCCCACUCAUUCCAUUGUCCAAACCAUCUCGGCUCUAAAUGGUCUUCAACUUUAUAAUGUCUUCAACCUGCCCACUCAUUUCAUUGUCCAAACCAUCUCGGUUCUAAAUGGUCUUCAACUUUAUAGUGUCUUCAACCUGCCCACUCAUUCCAUUGUCCAAACCAUCUCGGCUCUAAAUGGUCUUCAACUUUAUAAUGUCUUCAAAAGGCUGACUGAAGUCUUCAAAGUGAAACAAUUAGCGCAUGUUUCGAAGUGAAGAUGAUGACAAAUCAGACAUAUCAUCAGAUGCAAUACCACAGGACUACUUUACGACAUAUGUUCCCUCCUUUUGAGUGUUUGCAGAAUUGUGCAUGAACGUGAUCUCCUCCUAAUGCUAGUAAUGUGAUGCAACAUAGUUCCACUGCUAUGUCUCCUCCUAAUGUGGUGCAACAUAGUUCCACUAUGUCUUUGUCCUCAGAUGGUCUCUUCAAGGUUCCCUGGAGGACCAGCCUUCUGUUCUUCUUUUUCUGUAAAUGCUCAAAGUAAAAACCCUGAUUGAA